UUUCAAUCGUCAUGUUCCGCCGUGGCUGGCUCGGACUGCAAGUUGCCGGCGCGCGCCACCGCCAUGCAAGCAGUAGCGGCGCCAUCUCGCUGCGGGCGCUCGACGACAUAUUGCUCGUCGUGCAGUUUGAGCGCGACCGGCAACAGGCUGCGACCGGCGUCACGCUGCUGCCGGGGCGGUACACGGUGCCGCCGGACCCGGCGCUGCCCGAGCACCUCCACGGCAAGACCAUCCACAUCACCGGUCUUCGAACGCUCGGCAAAAAAGGUAGCCUUCCGGCGUCGUUUGUAGAGGCCUUGACGACCGCUGGCUUCUUGUGGCGCCCACUCGAGCACCGCUGGGCGCUCUUCAUCUCCGCGCUCCGCGUCCACAAGCACAUGUACGAGCACGUCCUCGUGCGCCAAGACUUUGUCGUGCCUUCUGGCGACCCGGCGUGGCCCGUCGAGAUGUGGGGCGCCCGACUCGGUACGAUGGUCACUAAGCUGCGCGCGCAAGGCGAGGCCAAGUGUCCACCAGCGCGCCAUGCGCAGCUCGCCGAGCUGGGCUUUGCGUGGGACGCGUUUGCAGCCAAGUGGGACCAGCGCAUUGAAGCCUUGCGCAUCUUCAAAACGCAGUAUGGCCACACAUUGGUCCCGUUCAUCUUUGUCGUACCAGCGAACGACCCAGCGUGGCCGCAGCGCCUCUGGCACUACAAGCUCGGGUCCGUCGUCAACUACAUCCGGUCGGGCGACGCAGUGAUCACGCAAGAGCGCCGGACGCAGCUGAACGCGCUGGGGUUUGUCUGGGACGCCAACAAAGAGUCGUUCGAGACAAAGCUGCGCGGCUUUGGACGCUACAAGUCGAUGUAUGGCAACCUCCACAUCUCCAGCACGUUCACCGUGCCCUCGGACGACGCGUGGCCCGCAGAUCUCGCGGGGAUCAAUCUCGGGGCCGCGGCCUGGUACUUUCGCCAAGGCAGACUCACCGGUACUUUAGCGGCGGAGCGCAUAGCUGCCCUCGAUGCCAUCGGUUUUGCCUGGGACUGUGAGACAUAAGCUCCAUCAACACGACUGCAGUACAGAUUUGCCAGUA